UCCUGUUCCUGAAGAUGAGCCUCAGGCAAUUCGGGGAACCACGUGGUGGGGGUCCCAGCGGCGCUGGCUCGCGGGCCCCGCCAGCCCUCCUCCUCUAUAAGGCCGAGCCCCCACCUGCCUCCUCACUCUCCUGAGCUCAGAAGGGCAACUGCAGCUGCAGCCAUGACGUGCCUCCUGCUCGUCCUGGGCAUGGCUCUCCUGUGUGGCAUGCGGGCCACCGACGUCACCCAGACCAUGGGGAGCCUGGACCUAACAAAGGUGGCCGGGACCUGGCACUCCAUGGCCAUGGCGGCCAGCGACAUCUCCCUCCUGGACUCUGCCAGCAGCCCCCUGAGAAUGUACAUCCAGGAGCUGAGACCCACCCCCGAGGACAACCUGGAGAUCAUCACGAGCCAACAGGAGAACCACCUGUGUGUGCGGAGGAGCAUCACGGCCCGGAGGACCGAGGACCCGGCUGUGUUCGCGGUGGCCUAUGAGGGGGAAAGAAAGAUUUCCGUGCUGGACACAGAUUACACGGACUACAUGUUCUUCUGCAUGGACGCCACGGAGCCCACGGCAGAGCAAGGCACGGUGUGCCAGUACCUGGCCAGGACCCUGAAGGUGGACAACAAGGUCAUGGAGAAGUUCCACAGAACCUUCCAGACCCUGCCUGUGCACAUGCGCAUCAUCCUGGACCUGACCCAGGGCAGAGAGCAGUGCCGCGUCUAGGGCCCGGGAGCCUUGGUCCUCUGCAGAGAGACGACGUCACCCCCUGCCUCCCCGUCAGAACAAUCAGGAGGGACUGAGGCCGAGGGGGCUGCAGGACGGGGCUCCACCUGGGGACCAGGCACCUCCAGGCCCCAGCCCGGGGUCUCCUGCUCUGAGCGGUUCCUCCUUCAGCAAUAAAGAAGUGACCCUG